AGCUCCUCUGCGACCAACACUAACAUGUCUGCGAAACUGAUCCUCGUGGUGGGCGCCCUCACGGCCGUGGUCUCCGCCGUCCCCCGUCCCGACACUCCUCCCGUCUACGGCCCUCCUCACCCGACCUACAAGCAGCCAGGAAUGCCCUUCGACUUUAGCUACGCCGUCAGGGAUCCCUACUCGGGCAACGACUACGCCCACGCCCAGACCAGCGACGGUCACGUCACCUCCGGAUCGUACAGAGUGGCUCUUCCCGACGGCCGAACCGAGAUCGUGGAAUUCAGCGCCGAUCACGACAACGGCUACGUCGCCAACGUUGCCUACGAGGGGGAGGCCUCCUACCCCUCCCCCGCCCCCUCCUACCACCCCGCUCCCUCCUACCACGCCCCCGCUCCCUCCUAUCACGCCCCCCCUCCCUCCUACCCACCACCCACUUCCUAUCCACCUCCCCCACCCCACCCACAUCAAUAGAUCCCAUCCAUCCUCAGCGCAUAGGCGGCUCUGCCAAAAGCUCCUUGCUCAAGAAAUAUCCAACGCCAAAGGAAGGACUUUCCAAGCUCAAGCCACAUGAAAAUUCACGCAACGGUCACAGGGUAAACCAAGGUGCUUCCUGUGCUUCAGCAGUAGGUGCCUCAUUAUUUCCACAAGGAAAUUUAUCUUAACAUUGGCUUACUCGUCCUGUUUAUGCUUACACAAGUGAGGCGUCGUUUAGUCUCUGUAUUCUAUUCUUGUUAAUAAAAGUUACUCGAUUAA